GGUAGUUUAAACUUUAAAUUGUUGUUUGUGCAACAAUGGCAGAGACUCAGAAGCCAGUGAUUUUGGUGGCUGUGGAUGAAAGUGAACAUAGCUUCCUUGCUUUGAAGUGGGCAUUAGACCAUUUUUUUGUUUCUAAGGAGAACCAUAAAUUCAAGCUCAUUAUCGUUCAUGCUAUAGGUUCGCCGGCUUCUUUCCUAGGAAUGGCUGAAGUUGGAUCCUCUGAAUUUGUAAAGGUUUUGGACUCAGAUUUGAAGAAGUCAGCCGCUAUUACCAUUCAGAAGGCUAAGGACAUCUGCAGCAGUAAAUCGGUUGAUGAUGUGUCAACUGAAGUGAGUCAAGGAGAUCCCCGGAAUGUUUUGUGUGAGGCUAUAGAUAAACACCAUGCAUCUAUUUUGGUAAUGGGCAGUCGUGGUUAUGGAGCAAUUAAAAGGGCAGUUCUAGGCAGUGUCAGUGAUUACUGUGCUCAUCAUGGUCGCUGCAAUGUGAUAAUUAUUAAGAAGCUCCAGCACUGA